CAUCAUAGAGGGUUUCCCAGCUAUCCCAAAAUGCCGCCUUGAGAAGGCCGACAGGCAGGACACGGUGGAUGAGAUGGUGCAGGCCUACAGCCUUCAUGGAGCUCUGCGGAUCACAGCCGAAGUUCUGAGGAAGAUCAGCAGGAAUGAUUUAGUGGAGUGUAUUCCACAAAGUGAUGCUCAGCCUGGCAAUGCUGCUGCUGAUGUUGGUGAGACUUUAAGGACCACAGGAGCUGGUUCUGUUCAGCAGGCGGUUCCUUCUUACCCUCCUGCCCCUGAGUUACAGGCUGAAGAUUUGUUGGUGCAAGGAGCAACACCUCCACAACCAAUCACGUCGUACCAACGCGUGCUCCAGUCAAACCUCCACAACAAGUAUAUGUGUGUCCUCGAGGGGUCGUCGAAGCAGAAGGACAAGAAACUUCUGGAUGACAUCUACACUGAGCUCUACAUCAUAGACGGGAAAGAUGAGGACGUCAGCAGGCAGCAUGAGGUCAGGCACGUUGAGCUGGCACCCAGAAGGCCACAAGGAACCGAGAGGUCGAUUCAGCACAACGACAUUUUCAAACACCCGUCUGGGGAAAACACGCCCGUGAGGACAGUUCUGACUCAUGGGAUUGCAGGAAUCGGCAAGACGUUCCUCGUACACAAGUUCAUCCUGGACUGGGCCGAAGGAAGAGCCAAUCAGGACAUGCAUCUCACGUUCCUCUUCACCUUCCGCCAGCUGAACUUACUGAGGGGGAGGAGGUUUCGUCUUGCUGAGCUCAUACACAAAUGUAUCCGGGAGAGCCAAGACAUCGAAAAGGAGACUCUUAAUUACAUCUUCAGAAAACUGCAGACUUCAGGAAACACCAACUACGACAAGAGUAAAUUUAAACUUCUGUUUGUGCUCGACGGUCUGGACGAAAGCCGCCUUCACCUCAACUUCUGCGACAAGGACGAAUGUUCUGCUGACGAGCCGCUGUUGGUGAAUGAAUUGCUGUCAAACCUCAUCCAGGGGAAGCUGCUCCCCGCCGCUCGCCUCUGGAUAACCACGCGACCAGCAGCGGCCAAUCAGAUCCCUCUUGACUUUGUGGACAUCAUGACAGAGGUGAGAGGGUUCACCGACCCACAGAAGGAGGAAUAUUUCAGGAAGAGGUUCAGAAAUGAGCAGAUCUGUGGCCGUAUCAUCUCCCACGUGAGGACAUCACAAAGCCUCCACAUGAUGUGUCACAUCCCAGUGUUCUGCUGGAUCACUGCCACGGUUCUGACGCAGAUGUUAGGAGAAGGUGAGAACAAAGAAAUUCCUCAAACUCUGACCGAGAUGUAUGCAAAGUUCUUGGUGUUUCAGAUCAAACAGACCGCCAAAAAGUAUGGCACGAAUGAGAACAUGAAGAUCAUUAAAUCGCUGGCGAAGCUGGCGUUUCACCAGCUGGAGAAACGAAACCUGAUCUUCUACGAGACGGAUCUGAAGAACAGCGGCAUUCACCUGAGCGACGCGUCGGUGUACUCGGGGGUGUUCACGCAGAUCUUUCAAGAGGAAGAUGGACUGAAUGCAGACAAGAUGUUCUCUUUUGUUCAUCUGAGCAUCCAUGAGUUUUUGGCAGCUGUUUUUGUGGUCCUGUCACUCGUAAACGACAGCAGUGAUGUGAUGGCUGAACCGCAAACACUUCUCGAAUACCUCAACAUGCUGUUCCAGAAAGCAUCUGCAACUGAAGUCUAUAAGAAAGCCGUGGAUAAGGCCUUGCAGAGUCCAAACGGACACCUAGACUUGUUCCUCCGCUUCCUCCUGGGCCUGUCCUUGGAGUCCAAUCAGACUCUCCUACGAGGUCUCCUGAAGCAGAAAGCAAACAGCAAAGACACCAACCAGGAACUUGUGAAAUACAUCAAAAAGAAAAUCAGGGAGAAUCCGUCCCCAGAGAGAUGCAUCAACCUGCUGCACUGCCUGAGCGAACUGAUGGACAGUUCGCUGGUGGACGAGAUCCAACACUACCUGAGAGCAGGAAGCCUCUCCACAGCCCACGUGUCUCCGGUCCAGUGGUCAGCUCUGGUCUACGUGUUACUGUUGUCUGAAAAAGAGCUGGACGUGUUUGACCUCCAGAAAUACUCCAGAUCAGAGGAGGUUCUUCUGAGACUGCUGCCACUGGUCAAAGUCUCCACGACUGCCCUGCUGAGCCAGUGCGAGCUCUCACACUCGUCCUGUGAAGCUCUGGCUUCAACGCUCAGCUCGCAGUCGUCCAGUCUGAGAGAGCUGGACCUGAGCUACAACAACAUCCAGGAUGCAGGAGUGAAGCUUCUCUCUGCUGGACUGGAGAGUCCACACUGCAAACUGGAGACGCUCAGGUUGUCGCGCUGUAAGCUCACCUCGGGAGGCUGCGCUCCGUUGGCCUCGGCCUUGAACGUCAGCCCCUCCCGUCCCAAAGACGUGGACCAUCGUACCAGAAAUCCAGGAGCGAAGCAGCUAACUGUGAAACCUUCCAUCAUAACAACACCGGGAUCCUGUGAGCUCUGCCUACACAGUGAGGGCCAGUACUCCAGCCUCAGAGAGCUGGACCUGAGCAACAACGACCUGCAGGAUGCUGGAGUGAAGCAGCUUUCUGCUGGACUGGAGAGUCCACACUGCAGACUGGAAAACCUCAGGCUCAGCUUGUGCUGGAUGUCGGAGAAAGGCUGUGACUAUCUAGCCUCAGUGUUCCGGUCCAAGCCCUCCAGUCUGAGGAAACUGGACCUGAGCAACAACGACCUGGGCGACCCGGGAGUACAGCUGCUGUCAGUUGGACUAGAAAGCUCAUACUGUAGACUGGAAAGCCUGAGUUUGUCAGGCUGCCUGGUGACGGAGCAAGGCUGUGGUUCUCUGGCCUCCGCUCUGAGCUCCAAUCCCUCCCACAUGAGAGAGCUGGACCUGAGCUACAACCAUCCAGGAGAGUCCGGGGUGAAGCUGCUUUCAGCUGGACUGGAGGAUCCACAGUGGAGACUGGACACCCUCAGGGUCGAUCACUGUGGAGAGUCCAGAAUGCUGCCUGGGCCUAGAAAGUGUAAGUACCAAUGAAGAAGAGCAGCUCCUGUCCUGGCUUU